CCCCCGAGGAAGACAGAUGGGGUGAGGGACAGCGCGAAGUCUGGCUGUCAGCGCGGCCUCAGCCCUGCCGCGGAGGGAGCCCCUCCUCCCCGCGGGUGUGCGCCUUGCUGCCGGGACGGCGAGACCAUGGCGUCCAGCGAGGAGGACGGAGGCGGCAACGGCGCGGUGGAGGAGAAGGAGAGCGGCAAGAGGAGGAGGCUGGGAGCCCUGGCCACGGCCUGGCUCAUCUUCUACAACAUCGCCAUGACCGCGGGGUGGCUCGUAUUAGGUAUUGCCAUGGUGCGGUUUUAUAUACAGAAAGGAACACAUAGAGGCUUAUUCAGAAGCGUUCAAAAAACACUUAAAUUUUUCCAGACAUUUGCUUUGCUUGAGGUAGUCCACUGUGCAGUUGGACUAGUUCGCACGUCUGUGCUUGUGACUGGGGUCCAAGUGAGUUCAAGAAUCUUCAUGGUGUGGUUCAUUGCACACAGUAUAAAACAGAUCCAGAAUGAGGAGAGCGUUAUUCUUUUUCUGGUCGUAUGGACUGUGACAGAGAUUACUCGAUAUUCCUUCUACACAUUCAACCUGCUCAACCAUUUGCCAUACUUCAUUAAAUGGGCCAGAUACAACUUUUUUAUCGUUUUGUAUCCUGCUGGAGUUGCAGGUGAACUGCUAACCAUAUAUGCUGCUUUACCUUAUGUGAAGAAAACAGGAAUGUUUUCACUGAGACUUCCCAAUAAAUACAAUGUCUCCUUUGACUACUAUUACUUCCUUAUUGUUGUCAUGUUCUCCUAUGUGCCAUUGUUUCCACAGCUCUACUUCCACAUGCUGCGGCAAAGAAGAAGGGUGCUUCAUGGAGAAGUGAUUGUGGAAAAGGACGAUUGAAUCAAGCCGUGUAACUAUGGUGCUUUUAAUGGAAAAAAAAGAGGGUAAAAAACCAAAACUUCCUGUGUUUUUUUGAGUCCAAGUUUUAAAACAUGGAGCAAGAAUAAACAACUGUGCAUCAAAUAGCAUGGACUGUAUUAUUUUUACAGUUAAUACAUCUUCAGAGUUACAUUUUCAUCCUUGGUUUCACUUUUUUAAUUAUUCAUUUCUUCAGACAAAUUAUUUUCUUAUUUUCAAUAGGUUGACAAAUAGCUUUAAGAAUUGGAAUGGUGGGCUGCUGUGCUUUUUGUUCUGAAAGUUCUGUUAUAACCUGUAGUCAUUAUGAAAAAGAGAAGGAGAGUUGAUAAGUUGUACUGAAAGUCAGUCUUCUGGAAAACAGAACAUCGAUUAGGUAAUGAUGUUUUUCAUGGACUGAGUGGCUUAAAUGGUAUUUAAGCUUUAUAUUAAAUACCUUUCCAAUUAUAAGUACUGUUAGCAUAUUGUUCAAUAUUCUUUUGAUUACAGGAUCACACUAUAGAACUCUAGAAUGACUUUUCAAAGGAGAUGAAUUCUUGUUUGUCAGUGCAAAUUUAGAUCUGUCUGUAUUUUCACUUGUAAUAGUAAAUAUAUGUAGAACAACAGAUACAAUAUUAACUGGUUAAAAGUUUGUGCUGAGGAGCAGAUUUGAUAUGCCUGCCUUUAUCUGAUCAGUGGCUGGAAUGGGACUCAUUUGCAGAGGAAGACUGAUUGUCAGUAUGUUUUCUGUUCUACAUUUAAUUAUGUAUGCAGAAAAAUUAUAGUCUUGCAUUUAGAAACUAUAACUAUAGUAUGUUAUUUAACUUCUUAUAGAUGGCUAAGUGGGAUAAAAUAUAUUUGAAAUAGGUUCUUAAAAUAUCAAUUGUGCUUUAAAUCAUCCCAUUGUGCAAUUUUACUUACUCCCUCCCCAUUAAUUGUUUAUACUGUGUUGACCUAAUUCUAUUUAAUGCCUUCAAUAAUCUGCAAGAAGGAUCUACAGUAUAUUAAUAAAAGUUGCAAAUGAUAUUACACUAUAUGACACCUGAGUGGGAGAGGUUCAACGAACUGGACUCAGCCUGAGAGAUUCAGAGGAAAUGUAAUGUGUCUGAGGAAACUUGGGUACUUAAUGAGAGAGAGAGAAGGUUUAAAUGUAAUCAUGUAGUAAGAAGCCUUGAUAAUAUAAGCAGCAAAGUUGCUUCUGGCAUCACUGAUUUCAAAAGGAGAGUAUAUAUGCAGAAGAGCUGCAUCAGGCACCUGUUAAUGAGAACACUCCUUGUGAUUGCCAAGGGCAUUUCUGGAGCAUGGUAUUACAUUUGGAUAUGUCAAGGAUGAGGAAUUGAAUCAGUCUUCUGAAAAGUCAGAGAACAAUAACAAAAUUAGUUGAAGUGAGAAAAAUCAGAAAGAUUGAAUUUCAAGAAUGUAUAAUUUUUUGCUAUUUGACAAACAUAUGUAAAGGAAGAGGCUUUCUAAGUGUGAAGGUGUAACUAGAACUAAUUAUAUACAUUUGAAACAAGGUAAAUAGCCAGUGAAUAUCAGGAGAAAGAUCCUGCCAGUGAGCAGCGAGCUGGGUUAUAGAAUGACACAGUAGAGCUUAUCAAUGCAUACAGUUUCUUGGAAGGUUUUAAGUUAGAUGUGAUGCAGUACUGGAAAGUAAUCUUCCUUUGGCAAGAGUUUGAACUACAUACUUGAAUAGACAGUUUCCAUUUCUAGCUUCAGCGAUUCUGUGAUAAUACUGCUUUUUUGAAAACUGUAGAUACAACUUUUCCUGGUGUUUGAGGUAACUUGAUGAAAAAGCAAGGAUUUACUACAUCCCUCACUUUCAAAUUCCGUUUUGUGCCUUAAAUUCGUGGUAUUUAUGCAGGUCUUCACUACGUGUACAUUAGUUUUCUUUUAAAUGACAGGUUCGUACUGGACUUGAGAUAGAAUAGUUGCAUUUCUCACAGUUUUAAAAGGUGUAAUCUUUGUGUUUUUAAGAUUAAAUUUCACGCAAGGUGCUAUCAUUUAACUUAUUACUUCUCCGUUUUAUAUGCAGCUAAAAUGAUUAAGAGUUUGAGGUAUAAACUGCAACACUGAAUCACAAAAUAGUUGUUACACAUGUUCAUGCUAGCAGCGUAUUUAUCCAGAGUUCUUAGAGUACUGUUUUAUAAACUUCACUUGCUUUUUUUUCCAUGAGGAACAUCAUGACAGUUUUUAGAAAUAUUUCUCAGCAAGCUGAACAGUGUGAUGAAGUACAAAUAACUAAUAUUAGAUUAAGUUCUAUGUCUCUUUUCCGACUGUCAGGGCAGCUCACUGAAGACCAUAGCUAUCAAUUAAUUGAAAAUGCUUUGGAUACUUUAAGGAUGUGAUUUUGAAAUCCUUGACUGGAUGAGUGUAUCCCACAGAUACUAUUCCUGUAAUAAAAGGAAUACCUGUGCUAUAAUACUCUAUUAUGGUUUUUGUUUUUUAAUCGUGGCCUAAGGAUAUUAUCAUUUAUCAAUCAAGGAGCUAUUUUUGUAUCCUUUCGCACCCAUGACAUGAAAAAAACACAGCACUGUUUGCUAAAUAAAAUCUUGGGUUUGCACUUCAACAGUGUGAAAGGUAGUGAUACAAUUUUGAAAGUGGUUUACAGCAACAGAAAAAUCUUGCUAAAUGAUAAAUGAAUAAAAAUAAAGCUAAAAAUUACUUACAGUAUUGCAUUCAGCAUUUCAUAGACCAGAGAGGUUGCCAUGUAGAUUACCUUACAUGGCAUGUACUUAAAAACAAAGCAAAACAAAUUCUUUUAUUCCUCUUCUUUUUUUGAUUAAAGCCUUUUGAAACCUCAGUGUGUACCUUGUCUUUUAAUAUCUUCUCAUAUAUAGUCAGAAUUGCAGGUAAGAUCCUUUUACUGUUGACUUAGAUGGGCCAGGGUUUUAUGCUAGGUAGCUUAAAUAAACUUCAAUAUAACAUCAUGAAACAUUUAAUCAGCUUGUUAAAUGGACAUAAAAAGUAUGAUUUUCAUAUGGUGCUCUCUUUCCAACUUCUUUUUGACACCUGUCUUUUUUAGUCUUCCUCUCUGCAAUAUUCCUAGUUUUCUAAAGCAUUAAAAUCCUCCUGCUUAUGAAAGAUUAGGAAUGUAUUCAGAUAUCAGCAUCUUUAAUGUUUUGAGGUAGUCUUUAACGAAUUGUUCGUAUAAAGGUGUUUUCUUACUUGUGCUAGAUAUGCCUUCUGGAAUGGAUUAAUACAGAAGCUUUUUUAAUAAUAGUGCAUAGGAAUAGGCUUUUGGAAGGAGAUUCCUAUUCAUCAGGUGACAUAUCCCACUAUUGGUAGUAACAUAUACACACCAUCCUUUUUAUAAAGCCCAGCUGGAGGCAGCUGGAUUUCUUGAGGUUCCCCCCAACACUCACGUGCUCUUCCCACCAUAAAAGGCUGUCCUGGGACAGGUUGGGUGAAUCGCCUGGUUUCACAGCAUUGCCCAGGAUGUCUAGAGGCCACAUGGCCUCCCAGCACAGACAGUGCAGAGGAAUAUGAUGCUGAGAAAUUGUAUCUUCCACAUUAGCUGCCAAGAGGAUCACUGAGGCCAUUGUGAACAGUAGCUGUGAACAUCAUUACUCUCACCUCUCACUACGCAGGAUGUGAGAAGGGAGGAAGCUCAGUGUGCUUUUAUACCUUCUGCCUAGGGAACUCCUGAGAUCAGCUGGGAGAAUCUCUGUGCACAAAGGGUGUGUUACAGAAAAGUCUUUUCUGCUCACUCAGCUAUCUUAUUACUGUCUGUCAGCCUGUAUUUUUUUUUAAAUACCAGUAUGCCAAGAUAGCUGUGUCACACUGCUCCCAAUUGUAUAGUUCAGAAUUAACAACCUGGGAGAAAUGGUGUAGCAUGCUGCUUCUGAUUCCUAUUGAACGUAACAUUUAGCUAGGUUCAUGUUAAUGGACAGGUUGCAAUGACUAGUUACAGGGAGGUCUGUGGAGAACUUUUCUGUGACCAGAGGGAAUCUACCUUUUCUUAUCCAGAAAGCAAUAUGUGCAUUUCAAAUCUAGGUCUAGCUACUGCUCUGACUGUGGUACUUGCAGUCUUCACAGCAACUUUAGUGUAUAUUUGCAUAUAUAUAUUAUUACUAAAUAAAUGCAAAUGAAAACAAAUUACAACCAUUACAGUAAGUUAUAAUUUAAGGUAGUCACUACAUUAACAGGUUUUGUGAAUUCAGCUCUUACUUCAUCUGCCUUAAAGGAAUUAAAAAGGAAAUUAAUACAAAUGAGUGUUCUGCAACUAGCCAGGAGGGCUUCAUCAGUCAGAAUUUUCAGGCAGGCAGACUGGCUGCAGUUGUUUAUAAAGGAUUGGUUAAAUGCGGUUUUGAACAAAAAGGUUGAAAGCUUUUCUGAAAAUUAAAUUUCAUUUCAUUAUGUGUAUUUUACAAUGUGCUCAGAGAUACUGUAUUCUUUAUUACCAGUUUGCAAUUUGAAUUCAUGCUGAACAUACACUUUUUAUAGAUGAUUAACUGUAGCCCAAAAAUGAAACAAAUAAACGUUCAUUCUGUGUUUGUUACAAUGAUGGUUUAAGAAACAAACACCUAAUGUUUCUGCAGAGCUCUGUUCUCUUACUCAAGUGAGUUGAAGUACUGCUGGUGCCUAUGGAGCUCUACAAGUCUGUUAAACUGGCAGAUUUAUAUUUGCCAAGGGUAGUUCCUUACGCUUGCUUUCCUGAUGGCACACCUAAAUAAUGAGUGGUACUCUUGGUUCAGUAUCCAGUACCACUUGUCCCUGAUGCCAUUCCAGGGCUCUCGAGUGCCUUCAGUUGAACUGAAGGCUUUACAGAGGUCAGUAAGUGAUUCAUCCUUAUGACUUCCUAGAUUUGGAAGACCUGUCUUGUGAACUCUUAGCCCACAGAAUUGAGUAAGUCUGACAAGUGGACUUAAGGCUGUAGCAAGACAAACUGCGGAAAAGCUGGCUAGAGUUGGGUAACUCUAGCCCUCUUGUAGGAGCUGGCUGUCAAGUUCAGGCCUGCAACUGGUAGUAGCUUUUGUGUUCUAAAAUGGACAAUACUUUCUGUGCCGUGUUGUAUCAACUGAAACAUGUUGUCUUUUUAUUCACAGCUCUCUUGCUUCUUUGUUCAAUCUUGAAUGUAUCUUAUGUCCUUUAAGUUGAUGGCUUUGUAAAAGUGUAAGUAUAGAAAUAUUUAUUGAAGCAUAUCAUGUAUAGAAUUGUACUAAAGAUUCUUAAUAAUGUAAAUGCACCGCUGCUGCUCAUUGUUGUCAUUUUUUCUGAGAUGCGUUAUCGUUAGCAGUUUACACAGACAGGAAAACAACACAAUAUGAUAAUUUUAAUAACUUAUUUAUUUGCAAAUAUUGUAAGAUUUGUUUGGUUACAGAUUAAGGUAUUUGUUUUAGAGAUUGUUAAUAAUGUGGCACUGUAGAAAUUCAUCAAUUAAAAGAUACAUUCUAAACU